UGUCGGAGUGAUAAUGAACGCCUUCAGUAAGUGCUGGGAUGGAUGAGGGAGGUUUGCUGUCAGCGCGGGGCGGAAUAACAGUGAGCUGUUGUGCCUGCUGGCUCCGCGAUGGUGUCACCUCUGCGCGCUUUUCCCUCUGCGAUCCGGACAGGGGACACUGGCGGAGAAGUGACACACCGGCGCCGGAAUUCACGCGGUUAUCAGCCUCAGAAUAGACCGGCGAGCGAGUAGAGUAACACUGCCAUGGAGAAACAGAGCAGAGCCAGGGAGGAAAUGCCGACAUCGAAGGAGGAGAAGCGCAAGGAAAAGAAGCCGAAAUCUGGGAAGCUCUUCCGAAAGAAACCGCUGAAGUCUGUGGGGAGUUUCAUGAACAGAAUCAUCAGAACUUUGGGCACUUUCACCCACUUUGGAGACGCAGACGCGCAGGACGCCGAGGACGACGAUGGAGGUUUCCGGAAUGGCGCACCUUGCACCCUCAGCGCGAGCUCAGGAAUUAUCAAAGAGGAUGUACAGGUGACUUGGGAGCGAGUGGUGAAAAACACCUCGAGCACGUCUUCCUCUCUGUGCAUCGGCAGAGAGAAGCUGCUGUACCAGUACGGCGACAAAAUCCCGGGUGUUCUGGGGCUGAAGAACCACGGGAACACCUGUUUCAUGAACGCCGUGGUCCAGUGUCUGAGCAACACCGACCUGCUCGCCGAGUACCUGGGGCUGGAGCGGUACAAGCUGGACCUGACUCACCUCGGGCUAAACGGGGUGAUGGAGGGCGAGGAGACGCGGCUGGCCAGGGGAGAAGUCACGGAGCAGUUGGCAUCUCUCGUGAGGGCUCUGUGGACUCUGGAGUACACGCCACAGCUGUCUGUGGACUUCAAGACGAUUGUGUCCAAGUAUGGAUCGCAGUUUCGGGGUAAUUCCCAGCAUGACGCCCUGGAGUUCCUCCUGUGGCUGCUGGACCGCGUCCACGAGGAUGUCAAUCUGGCCUCCCACAAUAACAACAACAAGACCAAAGCUCCUGCAAAGGGCCCCGCCGGAGCGGAAGAGGCGCCGUCUCCUGACCCGUCCCGGUCCCAGCAGCCCCGAGUCCAGCACAGCUUCGUCCAGGAGCAUUUCCAGGCCCAGUACAAAUCUUCACUGACAUGCCCCCACUGUCUGAAACAGAGCAACACCUUUGACCCUUUCCUCUGCAUCUCCCUCCCCAUCCCUCUUCGCCAGACCAGGCCGCUGUGUGUGACUCUGGUGUUCAGCACCAAAGGGCAGAGGUACCUGCGGGCCGGGCUGGCCGUGCCUCUGUUUGGCUCUGUGGCCUGCCUGAGGAGGAUGGUGGCCGACGAGGGGAAAAUCUCUCCAGACCAGGUGAUCCUGACAGAGGUUUACUCCACAGGGUUUCAGCGCUCCUUCUUUGAUGAGGACGAUCUAACCUGCAUCGCUGAGAAUGAUGUCAUCUACGCCUUCCAGGCUCCGCCCCUCUACAUCAGAGGAGGCUCCGCGCGGAUCUCAGGGUACCAUCACAGCCUGCCAUCGUCUCCAUACUCCACCGGUCCUGAGGGUCAGAGGUUACCUUCAUCUGGGACGUUGUCGUCAGAGUUCCUCAACCAGGGCGUCCCGGUCAAGAUUCUUCUGUUGGUGUGCAACGCUGCAGGAGCAGGGCAACAGGCUGUUAGGUUCGGGCCUCCAUUUCUGAUGAGGGAGGACCGGUCUAUUUCCUGGGACCAGCUGCAGCAGAGCAUCCUUAGCAAACUUUAUUACCUGAUGAUCAAUGGAGCUCAGGCACAGAACACCAGAGUGCUGUUCAACGUCCGUGUGGUGGGAGGAUCGGCCUUUUACAGCUACCUGUCACCUCAGGACGGGCGGCCGCUCUACCACCCAGCUGUCGACAGAGCUCUGAAGCUCUGCGGCUCAGGAGGACCUCCGCACGUCAAGCUCAUCAUCGAGUGGGAGCACAGAAUCAAAGACUGCCUGUUUGGUAACAUUCAGGAGGAGGUGGUGAAAGACGCGGAGAGUGUGAGGAAUCAGCAGCAGCAGCACGUCCAACAGUACAGCUGCACCUUGGAUGAGUGCUUCCAGCUCUACACCAAAGAGGAACAGCUUGCCCCAGACGAUGCCUGGAAGUGCCCGCACUGUAAGCAGCUGCAGCAGGGCAUGGUGAAGAUGAGCCUGUGGACGCUGCCGGACAUCCUGAUCCUGCACCUGAAGCGCUUCAGGCAGGUGGGAGAGCGGAGGAACAAGCUCACCACGUUCGUGCAUUUCCCCCUGGCGGGCCUGGACAUGACGCCUCACAUGGUGAACCGCAACCACGGCACCCAUCCGCUCCCCCCCCAGCCCGGGUGGAAGCAGCCCCGACGACCCGACCAGGCUCCUCCUGACUUCCUGUACGACCUGUACGCCGUGUGCAACCACCAUGGAGGAAUGCACGGUGGACAUUACACAGCCUUCUGCAGGAACUCGGUGGACGGCCAGUGGUACAGCUACGACGACAGCAGUGCCGAGCCGGUUCCAGAGGGGGAGGUGUGCACGCGCGGGGCCUACAUCCUGUUCUAUCAGAGACGAAACGCCAUCCCCCCCUGGUCUGCCAGCUCCUCCGUCACUGGCUCCACCAGCUCAUCCACGUCGGACCACUGGCUGGUCCGGCUCACUGGGGGCAGUAAGAGGGGCAGCGUCGUGUCAGGAGGACCCGUCCCCGGACCGCCGGGGCCCGUACAGCCCCCAGAUUCCCCUGAGCUGCCGGUGUUUGGAGAUGAACCUCCCAAAACAGUAGAAACAAAUGGGUUUGAAGCCAAGCCCUUUGUCCGCGGGACGCAGGGCAGGAGUGUCAGCAUGAGAUCGCCAACGAAGCCCAAGGAGACCAUGAGCAAAGUUCUGCCUCUGCGAUGGUCCUUCGGCUCCAAGGACCGCAUUAAACACCCGACCCCCACCCGCCCCGGAGAGCUGGUGGAGUACCUGGAGUCUGGGCGCCGGCCACGAUGUACCAAAGACCCCAUCAUCACACUGGUGGCCACCCCACCGCAAAGGACCGCGCAGGGAAGAGCCUUUGACGUAGGACAGGACUGCAGCUCACCCAGCGGCAGCAGCCUUAGUUGCACGGACAGACUCAGCUCUGACACUUGUUACUCCCCCAAAAUACCAGAAGGACAGAGCAGACCUUGUAUGGAGAGAAACAUCAGCCAGGGCAAAGCCAGAGAUGAUGGUUCUCUGAGGCAGAGGUCGUCUAAGAGAGCGAGGCAGGACCAGGGCAGGACCCUGGAACUCCAGCUGCAGAGAGGAGCCAUUCUAGGGGGUCACAUCAGCCACAGCGCCCCUCCGAGCAGAGACUCCACUUUGAGAAGAACUAAGGUCCAAACAGGGGUGACCUCCAGGGCACAAAAAGACUUGUUACAGAUGGUCAUUCAACCUGAGGACAGGAGGGGACAGACGGGACAGGAGGGUCGCAGCCACGAUAGCCUCUUGUCUUUUUUCAAACCUGCUUUCAUGAAGAAAGACGUUCCCAGGUCACCGAUGAAGGGGCAAAACGGGCGUACGGAUGGCCAUGGACAGCUGGAGAAGCUGGCGGGCAGUAAUUUAGCUAAACUCUCUCUCUCCAAUGGGACGCUGACCGCAGUGGCGCUUGAAGAGAGGAAGGCCUGCGUCAUCCCCAGGUGUGACGCCCAUAACUGCAGAGUACAGCUGGCGAACGGGAAGGCCGGACAUCACGACCCCGUAGACAUACAGCGCGCUCACAGCUCCAGCAACAUCCAGACGAAGCUGGACCUGACGUUCCGCAGGUGUGCCUCCCUGCAGAGGAACGGCGAAAUCGUGGUCCCUCCGGCCCACCGUAUCCUGCUGUCGGACAAGCCCGGCUACGCCACUCUGCAGCGGACGCGAUACAGUACCACCUCCCUGGUGCCUCUGUGACAGCCCAGAAUGACAUUUGAACACUAGGACCUCUCUCCUGCUCUCUACGCUCAGCACACGGAGACGCUCGCAGCAGGAGGCGGCGCCGGAAACGCAGUAUAUCUUCUCUCUCUCUCUCUCUCUCUCCCUCCCCUUCAUAGUACUGUUAUAAGUUCUUACCUGUGUGUGUCUUAAACUAAAUCUAUGCAGAGUCGAAUUUACCGAGGAGAGAAACUGCUGUAAUGUGAUUUUUGUGUUUUCCUCGUUUUUUUGUUUUACGAAGCAGUCUGCUGUUAAAAUAUGGUUUUAUUUUGGAUUUUAUGAUCAAUAUUUGAAAAGCAGAGGGUGGAUUUGUUGACGUUGCACGUUUUUAGCCCAUUAUACACCGGAAAACUUGGUCAGCUAAAGUGGUAUACACUGGAAUCUUUUCAGCAUAUACUGUACAUAAUAUAGAUAAUGGGCUAAAACGUGUAAAAAUGUUGAACACUGCAGAAAGUACUAACACCUGCACUGUAAAUUGGCUGCUAUAACUACAGGCAUCACUGCUUUGUCAUGUAUGAUAAUUGUCCUGUCAAAUCACCACUGCACUUUCUUGCUUAAGAAAUGUUUCCAUGUGACCAGAGCUUACAUGCCGAGUUAGUCUGCACCCAAUUUGGACAAAAAGCAGGAAUCUGGUAUUGGAGAGAAAUUAGUCUCAAUUAAUAACAAAGUGACAAAUGCAUGUUGCACGACCUGCAAAUAAAAACAAGACUCACAAGUGUGUAUGACGAUUUGAGUGUAAUUUAUGGUGUUCACAAAUAAACUGCACAACCCACAGAAAUACUAAACAAUUUGAACAACUAUAAAAAUUCCAUUAAAAUUUCCAUAAGUAAAAUUACUUUAAAUUAUUGUCUAAUCAUAUGGAGACGAGCUGUUUAAUCUUUUAGAGAAAAAAAAUGACUUUCCUAUUUUAUUUGAAAAGCACGAUGUUUUUCACCUGCACUUGAACACAGCGUACACAACUGUAUACACCCAAUUCAAACGUCUCAUGCGAUCCAUACACACACAAUUAACAGUGUGUAAAUAAUUGUACAAAAAAGUUAUUAUUAAAUAUUUAUAUGCAAAAUUCAAAUUUUAUCAAUAAAUUUAAAGUUGAAUGUGCAUAAAUAUAUAAAAUAUAUAUAUUUAUUUAUCUAACUUGCAAUGUAUUUAUUUGUAAAAUUGUUUCGCACAGAAUUCAUCAAACACAUUUAGAAAUCUUGUUUUUAUCUGUAGAAUAUGUAACAUGCAUUUGCCACGAUUGCUAAACUAAUUUCUCUCUUUUUUUCUGUGUUUCAAACUGAUAAGAUAAUUAAUCUACAUCCUGUCACCAACAGAUAACUCAACUAUGGGAUGUUUGUGGGUGUACAGCAGAUUAAAUAUAUGAGGGGAAUCUUCAAAAUAAAAUCUUAGCUUGAAGUUAACUUGGAAAAAUGACCUGUAGCUUUGGUUUUUUGAUCAGGUUUGGUCUGUGGAGGGAUGAUAAAGAACAAAUUAUACAUCGAUUCACUGCCCCAGUGGCCUGCAGAGCAGCAACAAGGGAUUCUGUAUUUCCAUCUCUGCUCAGCUUCGUGUCUCUCGUGACUGACGUUGGAUGUGAACACUCACAAGACCACACACAAAAGCAGAGCUCAGUAUGAAGCAGUUUUCUCAUUUAGGAUAGAACAGAGGAUUCAUACUGCGUGCACACACACACACACACACACACACACACACAAUUAUUCUUUCUCUGCAGCCACAGAGAUGUGAUGUGUCCCAAUGGUAAACACGCUUUGUCACGUUCACACACACUGUAAUAAAGUAACCACCACAGGCAGAGUCGGGAUUUCUAAUAUAUAUAUAUUUAACUCACAGUCAUCAGUCAUAAUCAUUGUUUCUGUAUCUGCAUCAUGUCUGAUUUUUCUGCUGGAGGAGGAGGAGGAGCUGAACUCCAGGAGAACAAAAAGUUCAUAAUAAUUCUCCUUCAUUUCCACUUUGUGAUUUGUGUCUAAUUUUCAAUUUACAAUUUUUGUUUUUGUCACUGGGGAUUAUUAGGGAAUAGAAAAGUGCGAGUCCAGGUCGGUUGUCUACACUGUAACUGUAUUCACAUUUCAUGUUGUGUCAUUUAACAUCACUGUUUAACUACACUCUACCAAAAUGAAAUGAGAGCAAGUGAAGGAUGUUUCUGAGACAUUACUUGGGAAAUGUGGCUAGAUUAUAUUUUAUUAUUAACUUUUUUAAAACUCUACAUUUUGUACCUGAUGUGUAAUUAUGUAAUUUAAGUACCAGAUUAAAACUGUAUGUUUCAGGUUACUGUAUCAGAUGAAUACAUACGGUAAGUGGCGUUGAAUUGGACACAACACACAAAAGUCCCUGUACUGGACUGUCUAUAAUGUCUGCUUAAUGUACUGCAAGUGUUACGGAAUCGCAAAUUAAAC